CAACGAUGCGUGCGUUUAUAUAACGGUGAGCAUUGAAAGUAUCAUCAUUGAAACGUCGGCAGUCUUUCGGACAACACUAUUAAUUAUUUUAAAAAUGAAAGGAUUCAUUGCUAUUUUCGUUGUUAUUCUCGCUUCUGCAUAUCUUCAAGUUUCAGCUGGACAAGAAAUGUGCCCACCUGAAAAUUGUCUUAAAGCUGAAGCAUGCGAGGAACCAGUACGUAGUACGUCAAUAUUUUGUACCAAUGGGUUAACCUGUUGUUCUAUAGUGAAAAACGAGUUCCAAAACCUAUGUCACCAUUCGGGAGGUGAGUGUAUGUCAUCUUGCAAUCCAAGAAUAUCAAUUCAUCCUGAAAAAGCAAAAGAUUGUAAGUCAAAUGAAGUAUGUUGUGUAUUAGUACAGUGAUGGCGCUAUACUACUGAAAUCAUUAAAAAAUAAAAUAAUUGUCAUUUAUUUGGAAACUUUA